GAUCAACCGACUGCUGCCUCAGACUCAAUACCUGGGGCCGGGCUGCGGAGCGCUUUCACGCAACCAAACUCAACCACGGGGCAUCAGUUACCAGCCGCUCGCACGCAGCCGCUGUAGCUAGCUCAAUUAAGGCCCGCUCGGCUUAGUCCACCGAGCGCCCAGCCAGCUGGGAAAGACCGCCCUCGCCCCCGGAGUCGCCAUCGACAGCUGACGAGCAGUCGACCGUCCGCCCUCUGGCCCUAGCGAGUGGCCGCCGCCACAGCGCCUUCAGCAACACCGCAACCUCGCGAUUCGCCUCGCAGCGGUCGUGGGGGAGCGGGCUGGCGAUUUCGCAUCCUCGACACUCGCUAAGUGAUUCACAGCUGAGUUACUUGCGAGCUUGGGUGCACUUCUGGUGAACUGGGAGCCCAUUUGUGUGUCAGCAACAGCGGCUAAUCCUGCUUGCUUGUUCUGCACAACGACUGGGACCCGACUGGCCAGUCGGUUGGGCUGCCCUGGGAAGGCCGAACGCGCUCCGUGCUUGCACACCGCGCUCCGCACUUACCCACACCGAGGCUGACUCCGGGCCCACGCCCCUGUCCCCUCCUGCACCCUUCCGCUGCAGUGCUCGCCGACCCGGCGCAGCCCGCCAGCCAGCUCUGAGCUAACCAGCCGAGCGCCACCAUCACGGGGUCAGGCAUGACCUCGCCACCCCAGUCGGACCAGGGCCGAGGCCUGCGCCGCAGCCUUCGCGUGCAGGGGCGCGCCACCGCCCCUGCGGCGGCGGGCCCGUCUGCCGCUGAGCGCGUCCAGGCUCACGGCCCCGCGCGGCGGGUGGCCGCCGAGGCACCAGAAGCCGCCGCAGCGCACGCCGCCGCUGCUGCCGCUCCCGCCCCCGCCGCCAUCCUUGCGCCCCUCGCCGCUGCCGGAGCCGCCUACGGCGUCGCUGCUGCUGCUGCACCCGUCGCCGCCGCCGCACCCGCCUUCGCCGCCCCCGUGCAGCCGCCCGCCGCUGCCGGAGCCGCCUACGGCGUCGCUGCUGCUGCUGCACCCGUCGCCGCCGCCGCACCCGCCUUCGCCGCCCCCGUGCAGCCGCCCGCCGCCGCUGGAGCCGCCUACGGCGUCGCUGCUGCUGCUGCACCCGUCGCCGCCGCCGCACCCGCCUUCGCCGCCCCCGCGCAGCCGCACGCCGCCGCUGGAGCCGCCUACGGCGCCGCUGCUGCCACCGCGCCCGGCGCCGCCGCCGCACCCGCCUUCGCCGCCCCCGCGCAGCCGCCUGCCGCCGCUGGAGCCGCCUACGGCGCCGCUGCUGCUGCCGCACCCGUCGCCGCCGCCGCACCCGCCUUCGCCGCCCCCGCGCAGCCGCCCGCCGCCGCUGGAGCCGCCUACGGCGCCGCUGCUGCUGCCGCCGCCGGCCCCUCGGCCACCGCCGCCGGCCUACCUCCCCGCCACCCUGGCCGCGCGCAGUCCGUCAGCAACUUCGACCAAGCGUUGCGCAGGGCUUUCGGCGCGCCGGCUGCCCCCCGCAGCGUGCGUGCCACGCCCGCGGCGGGGGUGGGGCUGCAAGGGGCCUUCCUGGCCCUGGGCGUCCCGGAUGUACUCCGCCGCCGUGGGCGCACCUGGGCCUCCGAUGCCACGGGGUCCAGCGCCAGCUCCUACCGGCCCUCUGACAGCGCGUCGGAGACCUCCUCGACCGCGGACACCGCCUCCGGCCGCCGGCGGGCCGCUGCGCGCGAGCUCACCGAGCUGUCCCCGGCUGGCGCCAACAACGGCCGGCGCGUGUGCAACAACCCCGCCUACGAGGAGGAAGAGGAGCUGCAGGCUGCCCUCGCCCGGUCCCGUCGUGACACCGGCCACCCCAGGCCGCCGCCGCCAGCGGGCCGCGCGGCAGCGUUGCUGACUGAGACGGCCGUCACCGUGCACGAGAUGCUGGGUGGUGGCCCCACCGGUGGGCUGGCGUUGGGAGGGCUGGCGCCGGCGGCCUCCCCGCCGCGCCUGGACCGCGCGCGGCGGCGGCACCUGCUCAACCUCGCCGCCAGCAGCCGGCCGUCAGCCUCAGCGGCCUCGAGCUCCUCCGGCCGCUCCGGCAGCUCCCGCCGCACCACCUCCACCUCUGCUCGCUCCGGCAGCGAGUCCAUGCACUCCGCACGCAGCCAGCAGCCGUCUGCGUCGCAGCACAUCCACCUGCACGUGCACCCCGGGCCAUCUCCGGCCGUGGCAGCUGCCCCGCCAGCCGCCGACGCCGGGGCCGACUUCUUCCCCCACCUGGGCGGCUUGCGAGCCCGGUACGGAGCGAGGUUGGCAGCGCGUCUCCGUCGUCACGAGGCUGCCGUGGCCGCCGCAGCGGCCGUCACACCCGCCGCCGCUGCGCCCGCCGCCGCUGCGCCCGCUGCCGCUGCGCCUGCCGCCGCUGCGCCUGUCGCCGCCACGCCUCCUGCCGCCGCCGCGCCCGCUGCCGCCGCGCCCCCCGACGACAUGGUUCAGCUGGCCAGGGUCCGCGCUGCCGCCCUCGCGCACCUGCAGCGCCUCCACGCCGCGCUCGGGCCCCCCGCGCCGGCUGCAGCCGCAGCACCAGCCGCCGCCGCCGCUGCUGCCGCCGCUGACGCUCCUGCCCCGCCGGCAGCCGCCGCCGGGCCUGGGCCCGACGCCGCCGCGCCCCAGCCGCCGGUGUCUGUCGUCAACAUGGCGUCUUCGUCCAGCUCAAGCUCGGCGCCGGCGAGCGCCGGCGGCUGCCCUCUGUGGCCGAUGCCCCUGCCGGCGUGGCAGCCGCACCUGCUGGCGCAGCUGGACCACGCCGCCGCCGCGGCUGCGCCCCCGGCGGCCGCAGCUGGGGCCCCACCGGCGGCUCUAGCUGGCGGCAGUGGUGGAGUGGCACGCAUGGGCAUGGCUGCUGCCCAUCUGGCGGCCGCGGCACCCGCCAACGGGGCCCCGCUCAGCAGCGCAGGCGCCGCCUGGCCUUCGGCGGCAGCAAUGCUGCGGCCGGCGCGCCCCAUUCCCUCGUGGAGUCAGACCGGGCGGCAGCAGUACGACGGCGAGCGCGCCGGGCGGGCCAGGUUCAUGGUGGACGCGCACGGCUACACUGAGGAGCAGGCGGCGUGCGCCGACAUCAACAGCCCCUAUGCGCAGGACCCGCGCCUAAUCGCCCGCGCCCUCAUCAACGGCGCAUCCGUCCCUGAGUCGCGGGCCUGGGUGUGGAACAACGAGGAGCUCGACGGUGGCCAGCGCACGCUUGAGCGGCAUCGCGGGCGAUGGGUCGCGGUGGGCGGCAGCCUGGUGGACUGGCGCGGGCAGGCCUUCAUCGACGCGGACGGCACCGUGCGGGUGCCGCACGUGGCGCAUUUCUGGCUGGCGGAGUUCCUGGCGGCCAUGCACACGCCGGCGAGCUUCGGGCCGUCGCCGCUGUUUGGCUUCACCCUGGGCGCCACCGAGGCCGCCACCGCCGCCGCGCAGCGCUUCCUGUCCCUGCACCGCGCGGACACGGCGCUGUGCCACAAGGACAUGCUGGGCAAGGUGUUCAGCGAGGGCGUCAUGCGCACCGCCGUCACGCAGCCGUGGCGCGACCUGUUCAUCAUGAACCUCACGCGCGAGCAGAAGGCGCUGCCCGAGGGGCAGGUGCUCUCCGUGACGCUGGUCGCCAACUGCCUCGCGGAGGCGCAAGCGGCCUUCCGCGGCAUCGCCGCACCCACCCCAGCCGCCGCGGUGCAUGUCACGGCUGCCUCUUCGGCCGCCGCCAGCCCUGCCCCCGCCGCCGCUCCCGCCGCCCCUGCUGCUCCCGCCGCCCCGGCCGCCCCUCCUGCGCCGGCUGCGGCGGCGCCAGCCGCCGCAGCUCAUGCGCACCAGGUCAACCAGCUGCCGGUCGUCUCGCAAGCGGACCUCAUGCGGCGUGAGAACCUCGUGCCGGACACCACCGUCAACCAGCGGAAGCCCGGCGAUGCGCAGUGGUGCCUGUACCACCAGACCAGUCACCACGCGGCGGACCAGUGCCGUGCCUACUCUGCCCUGGUGUCGUCCAACCGGGCCCGGGAGGCGGCGCGCCGUAUCGCGACGGGUGAGGGCGCCCGCGCCUUCCACAAGGCGCCGGCGCCGGCGCCGGCGCAGGCCCACGCGCACGUCACUGCCGCGCUACCCGCCGAGACCGCCCAGCCAGCUUCUGCCGCCGCGCUCUGCCCGCCCCACCGUGCCGCGCGCCGCGAGCUGGCGGAUGACCUGAGCGUGGCCACGGUGCGUUCGCUGUAUGACACUGGCGGGCACUCGGAGCGGCCGCCGCUGCCAUCGGCGACCGCGGCCGUCAGCCACAGCCAAGUUGCGGGUGCCUCAGGGAUGGAGCUGGGCGACUGCUGGGAUGCCGAGUUCGGGCCGGCCCACAUCUUCCACCUGGCGGCGCGGCCCCCCAGCUCUGGGCCGAUGCAGUCCGCCCUGCCGCUGUCGUUCCAGCCGCUCCCAGCCGCUGCCGCCCGCCGCUGCGCCCCUGCCCCUGCCGACGGCGCCGCCACCCCCACCGCCUCCUCCUCCACCACCACCGCCGCGUGCCCCUCCGCCACCACCGGCAGUGACGCUGCCGCCUCCACCUCCACCCGGCCCGCAGCAGCGAUACCAGCAGCCACCGCCGCCAGCAGCGACGGGGCGCCCAGCGGGGCCGACAACCGCGUGCGUGCCCACCUGAACGACGCCAAGUUUGCCGCGCUUCACGCCGUGCUGCGGGACCAGGGCCUGCAGAUCACACGCCUGGAGGGCGAUGUGCGGCGCUAUGCCCGGCUGCUCCGGCGGCUGGACGCGCAGGCCGCGGCAGGCUGCACCCACCACUCGGCCAUGAAGCUCGGCCGGGGCGUUGGACCGCUGUUGUUGGUGGACGGGCUGUCGUCGCAGGGCACCCCCUACGCCGCCGCGCUGCCCGACCCCGCCAGCGAUGUCACCCUGACAGUGACCGAGGCCGCCAGCUCCCGUGGGCUGCCACUGCAGUACGACACCGGCAUCUACGUGUCCAGCGUCGGCGGCGUCACCAGCGAGCUGGCGCAGAUCCGGGGUGGCCUGCCACUGACGGUGCUGGCGGGCACGGAGCAGCAGCACACCACACGCGUCGUCUGCUUUGUGGUGCCGGGCCCGCAAGUCUUCGACAUCCUGCUCGGCACCAACUGGCUCAUUGAUGCCUACCGCAGCGUGUGGGACGCGGGCCGCAACAUGCUGGGCCUCCGCCUGCCUCACCAGCCGGACGCCAGCCCGCCGGCGGUAGAGCUGCCGCUGCGCCAGCGCAACCGCGCCGCCGGUGCCUGCCACGCUGUCUCGUCCGGGCGAGCGCCCGACACCAGCACCAGCCGCACGGUGAUCGCUGCAGCCCUGGCCUGCGUCGCCGCCCCCACGGCGCGGUCCCACACAGAUGCAGUCGGCGUGCCGCCCCUGACGGGCACGGGUGCGGGGACCGGUGGCUGCACGUCAGGCGGCCGCAACGGCCCCGAGUCCGACGAAGAGAGCAGCGACUACGAGUCCGGCGAGGAGAGCAGCGACUACGAGUCCGGCGAGGAGAGCAGCGGCUACGAGUCUGGCGAGGAGAGCAGCGGCUACGAGUCCGGCGAGGAGAGCAGCGGCCACGAGUCUGACGAGGAGAGCAGCGAUGAUGACUCUGGCGGAGGAGGCUCGCCGAGCGCCAGCGCCGGCAGCGCGCCCAUUGCACCCGGCCCGCCGACCGCGCGCCCCACCGACGUCCUCUGCGAGCGCUGCGACAGCUGGGACCACCACGCCCGCAGCUGCCCUUGGCGCUGCGACCAGCUGCCGUGCAUCCGCUCCUUCAACAAGGCGCAGCGCCGCUGCGCGGAAGCGGCCGUGGCCUGCGGCCCGGCAGACGUUGCAGCUGAGCGCGCCCGCGACCCCGCGCGGUCCCCCUGCCGCGCAUUCCCCACCGCGUCGCCAUCGCCUCCGCCACCUCCACCGGGCUCUGCUGCGUCGUCGCCGCCCCCGCCGCCUCAGCCGCCCAGCUCCGGGUUGCCUCCACCGCUGCAGCUGCUGGCCGCCGCUGCGCCGACGCCGGCCUAUGCCUGGGCACCGCCGUCGCCGGGCUCUGCUGCGUCGUCGCCGCCCCCGCCGCCUCAGCCGCCAGGCUCCGUGUGGCCUCCGCCGCUGCAGCUGCUGGCCGCCGCUGCACCGUCACCGGCCUUUGCCUGGGCACCGCCGUCGCCGGGCUCUGCUGCGCCGUCGCCGCCCCCGCCGCCUCAGCAUCCAGGCUCCGCGUCGCCUCCGCCGCUGCAGCCGCCAGGCUCCGUGUUGCCUCCGCCGCUGCAGCUGCUGGCCGCCGCUGCACCGUCGCCGGCCGAUGCCUGGGCACCGCCAUCGCCGGGCUCUGCUGCGUCGUCGCCGCCUCGGCCGCCCCAGCCGCCAGGCUCCGUGUUGCCUCCGCCGCUGCAGCUGCUGGCCGCCGCUGCACCGUCGCCGGCCUAUGCCUGGGCACCGCCGUCGCCGGGCUCUGCUGCGUCGUCGCCGCCCCCGCCGCCUCAGUCACCAGGCUCUGCGUCGCCUCCGCCGCUGCAGCUGCUGGCAGCCGCUGCGCCGUCGCCAGCCCACGCCACGGCACCGCCAUCGCCGGGCUCUGCUGCGUCGUCGCCGCCCCCGCCGCCUCAGUCACCAGGCUCUGUGUCGCCUCCGCCGCUGCAGCUGGUGGCCACCGCUGCGCCGUCGCCAGCCCACGCCACGGCACCGCCGUCGCCGGGCUCUGCUGCGUCGUCGCAGCCUCGGCCGCCUCAGCCGCCAGGCUCCGCGCCGCGUCCGCCGGCCUACACCUCGGCACUGCCGUUGCCGGGCUUUGCCGAUCUGCUGCCACCACCCCGGCGCUCGCCAGGCUCGCCGCCGCCGCUCCUCGCGCCGUCACCGCAGCGGCCGGGCUCUGCCGCCGACCCCUGGCGGUCAAAACUCCCCAGCGAGACCUGGUGGCAAUUCCUGGGCCGCAUGCGCGCAGCGGGCAUCCACCUGACGGCCAUGCCGGAGUCCGAGUGGGCUGGUCAAGGGCGGCCGCCACCGGAAGGCGCUGUGGCGGCGGCCACUCGCUAGGGCCAGAGGGCGGACGGUCGACUGCUCGUCAGCUGUCGAUGGCGACUCCGGGGGCGAGGGCGGUCUUUCCCAGCUGGCUGGGCGCUCGGUGGACUAAGCCGAGCGGGCCUUAAUUGAGCUAGCUACAGCGGCUGCGUGCGAGCGGCUGGUAACUGAUGCCCCGUGGUUGAGUUUGGUUGCGUGAAAGCGCUCCGCAGCCCGGCCCCAGGUAUUGAGUC